CGGCUAGUACUGGUUCAACCGUCGAUCAGUGAUCGUCAUUCUGUCUCACUCUCGGUAGUUGCCCAGUUUCAAGGGAUGUGUUGAAGAUUGUGGUUAGGGGCACACACAGCAUCUCUGCUCCUUCUCUAAGGACCCACGGGGAGAUGUCCGGUCCUAUCGCCUUUGAGAAGUGCAGUAGAGGUGAUGGCACGGGUCUGUGUUGUGGGGGCGGGUGUGGUAGGACUGACCACAGCCACACAGCUGCAGAAGGCGCUGCCACCAGGUUCUACAGUUACUAUCAUCGCUGACAAGUUCCUAAAGGAAACCACUAGUGACGGGGCUGCAGGAAUUUUCAGACCAGGACUACAGUUCCAGGGAGACUCCCCAGAGGUUACCAGACGAUGGCUUCAAGACUCCUUCAACUUCUACAAGAGCAUCCUAAACAGUCAAGAUGCUGCGAGUGCAGGUGUCAAGCUCAUCUCCGGCUUUCACUUCUCCUCUAAGUAUCCCAAGAUCGUCUGGAACUCCCUGCUGCUGCCCAUAUUAGAGGAAUACCGCUCCUGCACCGAGGAAGAACUAAGCUUCUACCGCCAUAAGUAUGGUACCUUCAUGACCACUAUACUGACGGAGUGCCGACGCUACCUUCCCUAUCUCACAGACAAGUUCACACGUCAGGGAGGACGUAUUGAGAAGAGACACUUGAAGACCUUGGAGGAACUGGUUGGUCACUAUGACAUUGUAUGUAACUGCUCGGGGUUCGGUGCCAAGGAUCUGGUCGGUGACGAGUUAGUCACACCCAUACGUGGUCAGAUUUACAAGGUGCGUGCGCCUUGGAUCAAAAACUUCUACUAUGUGGACUAUGACAUGUAUAUAGUGCCUGGGUUUGAGUACAUCACGCUGGGCGGCACCAGACAGUUUGAUUCAUACAUAGAGGAGACGAACAAGUACGACUCCAUGGCCAUCUGGGAGCGGUGCCUGGCACUCAUUCCAAGUCUCAAGGAUGCCCAAGUUGUGCAGGAGUGGGUGGGAUGGCGACCUUACAGACCAGCAGUAAGAGUCGAGGAAGAAUUUCUGACCUUUGACAGCGGCAGGAGUCUGAAAGUGGUGCAUAACUAUGGUCAUGGCGGCUAUGGGGUAAUGACAGCUCCAGGAACCUCCAUACAUGCAGUCAAACUGGUCAUGAAGAUGUUACCCUCGGCAUUGUCCAAGCUCUGAGCUUGCAUGUGAACCUUCUGAGAACUCAUAUUUUUAUUAUGAGGGCCCAUGUUUAAGCUGUAAGAGUCCAUACGUUAACUGUGAUCACUUACGACACUGCUAUUCAAAUCCAAAUUUUUAUUUCUCUUAUUACUGUUUACAUGUAAUAAAACUGUUAGGCGCAAAGGAACGCAAAUGUAUUUCGAGAAAACUAAUUGUAAUGAUUAAAGACUACUUAAGAAUUAAACAUAGACUAUUUGUAAAUAGAUAUAUUACUGAGUACUUUGCUUUUAUUUGCCAGAAUUUGCAAAUUUGUGUAAAUGUCUAAUUACAGAGCCUACCUAUAUCCAACCAUUUUCUUGCGUUUACCUUUCUGUCUGUUAUCUAUCCCUCUUAGAAGUAUAUUGAAUGUAGACAGCCUGUACUGUCUGCACAGACAGCCCAUGCUGUCUGCCAGCUUAGUUCAUAUUUCGCACCAUGCUGGUGCUGCCACCUAUAGGCCUUGCCACUUCAGUAUGCCCAGACUUGCCUCGCUCUCACUCACACAGCGGCCUAGCAGGAAGACACAAGGCCUCCCAGCUCUCUCUCGUGGGCAUGGCCCUGCCCAGGCCUUGGGCACAAACACACAAGCCUGUGUACCCACCACAACAUUAACAAUAAACAAAGAAGCCUCCGAGGAAGACGUAUCAUUUAACAACCUGCUUGCAGCACCUACCAAAUAAUCUUAUAAAUGGUACCAGCGGUGGUCGCAGCAGUGUGUUUGCCCAAAGCGAGGAAGGAAGAGGGAUGAAGUCAUCUUCACUUCAUCAUCCCAUGCAAGAAGCAUCCGUCUCUCAACGAGUUAUCCUGAUGUCGUGUCUGCACGUUUCAGCAUCCAGACACAGGUACAAGCAGGAUCCAGCCGAAAUUUGCCGAAUUUCUUCGAGAAUUGUGAGUGGCGUCCCAGUGACUCCACGCUACAGUGUCCCACGCUGUUUCUGAAGUCACAUGUUCAGCGUCACUUGUAUGUUGUUGUUGUUGUUGUUGUUCAGCUCAGCACAGUCGUUUCAGCAAGCCAGAGGUGAGUUUUGUGGUGAUUUCUGCGUCCAGUGUGAGUUCUCUACGUAUUUGUGGGUGGGGGAGGAGAGGAGAGGAAGUGGCUGUUCCUCACCUUGCCCAUGCUCACCCUACUCACGCUCACCCGUCUACCAUACACCACUCACCACUGCCCACUCUGUCUGCUGUGUUUUCUGCUGUUUUCCAUAUGAAUUCAUUGCCAGAGCUGUGUAUCCGAGUGCCCGAGGCCACUCGAAGCUACGUGGAUCAGCAUGCCACGUAGAUCACGACACCAUGUGGAUCACGACGCCACGUGGGUGUGGGCAAUGUCACGUAGACCUACGAGCUACAUGAGUUACCAGAUGUCCCAGGCCACAUGCUGUGGUCUGCUGCCUGCAUCACAUUGACGUCUCCCAUGAUGCUGCCCAACUUCAUGACGUCACGAUGUCUGCUGACGUCACCUCACGAUGUCUGCCUGACAUCACUUCGAGAUGUCUGCUGACAUCACCUCGCGACAUCACGCCUGACAUCACAUGAUGUCACCAUCGAGUGUUCAGUAAUUAUUUCAGUAUUGUCGAGAAGAUUGAGAGAAGAUAUAUGUCGUGUUAAUUAAUUCCUCUCAGUCAGUGUUCUCACAUUUUAGUAUAUGUCUUAGUGUCAGUUUUGUGCACAGAAAAGCAUCAUUUGCUAGUUUAAGCCGCGGUGUGUGUAAAGUUUCCGUGUGUCCAGUAAGGUCUGAGCCAGACCUGAGUAGCACCACUGUGUUAAGUCACCCGUGUGACUAGUGUGUUUGACAGCUAUCAGACAUCCCUGAGUGACCGAGCCCUCUUGUACAGAAAGCUUUUAUGCUCGUCGCUCGUGAUGUUCUGCAGAAUCGUACCUGCUACGAUUCCCAUCGAGAUUUGUUUCACUUCACCUCCAAACCUUCAGAGUGCAGUUAUAUGUAGAGAAACAAGUCUGGGGACGCUUAGACUAACCUCUGCUAUAACUCCAACUGUCGAGAGAUGAUACUCGCCAAGCCGCAGUCAGCCCUGUCGGCAGGCGCUGUGUCAGCCUCGUGUCACAAGCUUCAGUGAGCAGCCUGCACAAAGAUGUCACUUUGACUGCUAGCUCUCUCACUGCAGUCUGGUGUAUGAUGUUACGACUCCCAGAUGUUUCGCCCAGUCGUCUCUGCCACGACUCGCUCCACAACUCGCUCCAUGCUCGCCGGCAGUGACAGCCCAGCGACAGUACCAGUCGAGAAGUGUCCUCCUGAGUCGCUUGCCAGAAGUCCUGCCCAGUUGCUGAGUUUUGUUGACGCCUCACUCGAGGGCACCAGCAUGUCGUGCCCCAGGUUGAGUGAAACCUGCAGCGACUCUUACGAUGACUGCUUCACCGUUCCAGAGGAGACCGUACCCUGUUACGUCACAGCUCAGCCACAGCGAUGUCUCCUGUGUUGCAGUAUCUGUCCAGACGCAGGAAGGCGUGCAGUGAUGCCCAUCGACGCUCAUUGCCUUUGACCACGAUGUUUAGCACACCCACAUAUUUUUUCUUCCCUCCCUGUAGGAAGUUUUUUUUUCCAUGUCCAUAUGUAUACAUAUGUUUUUAUUUUGUGUUCUGUGCCCUGUUCCUACGAGAGAGAGACCGAGUUUCUUUUACUACCAGUAUUGUCGCGUCGGGACGACGCGUGGUAGGUGGCCAAGCGUAUGUAGACAGCCUGUACUGUCUGCACAGACAGCCCAUGCUGUCUGCCAGCUUAGUUCAUAUUUCGCAUCAUGCUGGUGCUGCCACCUAUAGGCCUUGCCACUUCAGUAUGCCCAGACUUGCCUCCCCCUCACUCUCACAGCAGCCUAGGGCAUGGCCCUGCCUCGGCCAUGGGCACAACACAAGCCUGUGUACCCACCACGACUUAAUAAUAAAGUAAGAAGCCUCCGAAGACGUAUCAUUCACACCCCGCUACCAGAAUACCAAAUAAUCUCCUUAUAUGAAAUACAAUUUAGAGUAUCAUUAAACAUUGUUUUAGCGACAUGGUAUACUGAUGAAUAAAAUUUAUCUUCAGAAGAGGAUAAAUUUACUUAAUUUCUGCAUUAUAGGUAUCGAGAUAAAUAUGAAAUUUAAUUUUAUUUUUUUUCCAUAUCCUAUUAUGUCAUGCUACUAUGGCCCAUGUACAAUCUAGCUGGGACAGCCCUAUUGUAGAAAAGACUUCUGAAACGAUGAUAAAGCUUGGAAAAGGAUCAAGUGCACUUCUAGGCUGUGACUUGACUGCGCUGGUGAUUUUCUUUUAACAGUUCCUGUCUCCAUAACUGGCACACAUUUUAAUCUGCAGACUGCAUUGCAGUGGUUCACCAUAUUUCUGUCCCUAUCCACACUAAGUAUAAGUGCAUUUGCAGUAAAUUGGUAGCUGAGCAAUAUAAUCUGGUGUGAACCGUGCAAGUGCCAAGAUAUGGGAUAUUAGACAAUGAAGUUAACAAGAUCAAGAGAAGUCUUGCUACAGUCCAGUGUCCGGUCGAGAGGACCUCGAUCUUUACUGUCCAGCAUGCUAGGUAGCCUACCAGCCGGCCAGAUAUGCCUGACAACAGAUAUCCAGAUAAUAAUAUUUUAUUUUGAUAUGAUACAUGUUUGUACAAAGGAAUAUAAUAGUUGGGUGAACAUACCAAAAGCCCCUUUGUAUGCAGAGCAUUUCGGGCAAACUUAAGAUUAAUAAGGCAAUAACAUUUGGUCAUUAGAUGAGUUACAAUGAAUACAAGAGAAAUGAGUAUUCUACCCACCCAGAUAUGUCUGCCAGACACCCAGUUAUGUCUGCCAGACACCCAGAUAUGUCUGCCAACCCCCAAAUGGGAUCACAUAUCUAGAAUAGUAGCUACGGUACCCCGUGACCUGGUGGCAAAAACUCUCGCUUCACACGGUGAUGGUCCGGGUUCAAUUCCCGGCGAAGGAGUGGAAACAUUGGACGUGUUUCCUACACCGGUUGUCUAUGUUCAUCCAUCAGUAAAAUGGGAACCUGGGUGUUAGUCGACUGGUGCAGGUCGCAUCCUGGGACAAAACUGACCUAAUUUGCCCGAAGUGCUCUGCAUAACAAGUGGCUUUCUAUACAGUAGUAUGUCAUUGAUGUCAGCUAGGCCUGUAUACCCUUACAUGUACUUGUAGUAAAUAAAGAUAUUAUUGUUA